UGAUUUAAUCCCAAUAGAAUUUUUUUUACAUAUCCCAAAGGCACAAGAGAACUAAAAUAUAUUAAAUAUGAGUGAAAAUAAUGAUGAGCUACUAGCAGAAGCUAUAGAGUUCGAGUAUGAUGACACCAACCAACUACGAACCACGGGAUCUUCAUUUAAUUUACAAAAUUCUAAUCAUAAAGAAAGUAUGAUCAAACCUAUAUUGAGGAAUAAUGUCAAGUAUAAAUCGAAUAUUGAACAUUUAAUAUGUCCUAUUUGUCAAGAACCAUUUAUAGAGCCAUUAACUACAAUAUGUGGACAUACAUUCUGUAAAGAAUGUAUUUUUGAGUGUUUUAAGAUGUCAAAGAAUAACAAUAAUGGCAAUAGUAAUGAUCACUCAUCAGGAUGUUGUCCAUUAGAUAGAACCCCUAUUGAUAGUGCAAAUGGUAAUGAUUUAUUUCCAACACCAUUGUUGAUAAUUAAUUUAAUAGAUGAUUUAAAAGUUUAUUGUAUGAACCAUGAAAGAGGAUGUGAAUGGAUAGGUAGUAGAUGGGAGUUGGAACACCAUGUCCUGAUUGAUUGUGGAUAUACAGGGGUAGUAUGUAAUGGUCGUCGAUUCAAGAAAAAGCUACAAGAAGAAGUAGAUGAGAAUGAACAUGUUGAAGAAGAAGAUUAUAAAGUCGAUGAAAAACAAGAAGAAACUGAACGCUGUAAUCUAUUAGUUGAAAGAAGGUAUUUAUCUGAAGAUAGUGAGGAAUGCAUUCACAAGAUAUUUGAAUGUAAAUUUUGUAAUCUGAAAAUAACUAAGAUUACUGAAGACCAACACUUAAAAGAAGAAUGCUUAUUUAAUUACCAAACAUGUGAAUUAUGUUUGAAUGAUUUAAUUCCACUAAAGAAUUUAAAGAAACAUGAAGAGAAUUGUUCUAAAAUUGGACAUUUGAAAUGUCCAGCUCAUGAAAUUGGAUGUAAAUGGAUUGGGAAUAAUCAGACAGCUUUGGAGAUUCAUUUACAAGAUAAUAAUUGUCAAUUAAAUCAAUUAUUACCAUCGAUGCAAAAAUUAAAUGAUAAAAUUGACUCAUUAACCAAUGAGAACAAUUAUUUACAGAAACAAAUCAACAAGAUACUAGAUUCAAUUAUUCAAGGUAAGAUAACGAAUCUAGGAUAUAACGAAACAAUCGAAGAAAUCAAUAAAUUUAGUAUUGAAGAUCAAGAUAAAUUGAUUUAUUUAAAUUUUGAAAUAGAUCGAUUAAAGUACGAAAUUAAUGACAAAAUAAUUCCAUUCAUAAAUAAUACUAAGAAUCUCGCCUCUUCAGAGAGAGAAACUGCUCUAACGAAUUUAAUUAAUGAUUCAUUUAUUAUGAAAGAAGAUCUUAAUUUACAAAGGGUAUUAAUUAAUAGUUUAAGAAAACAAUUACAAUUUUUAUUGUUUACGAGAAAUGGUACUAGAAUAGGAGGUAGUAUGGUUGGACCAGGAAAUAAUGGUAAUGGUGGAUUACACAGUAUGGAUGAUUUAGGUAAUGAGUUGUAUGACAUAUCAUCAAGAAGUAGUUCUGAUGAAAGAUUAAGCUUAAAUUUAAAAUUAUAACGUAAUAUAGAUUAAUGAAUGCACAUGUAUUAUAUCAUAAGAUGAUAAUUACUGCAAAAACUAUUAAAGCUGUAAA